AUGGCUCUUGCUUAAACAGUUCCUAUCUUCAACAAACAUCCCUCUAGAGUGGCAUCCCACUUGUUGGUUCCUAAGGAAAUAAAGGUAUCAGAAAGGCCUGCUCAUCACUCCUGGCACUGGGGGAUGCUGUCUGGGUGGGGAGAAGGAGCCUCUCUGCUUGUGGUGGCUGCUGUCCAGCUGUGAUUGCUUUGGAGGGUGCACGGUAAAAUAAUGGAAGGAAAAAGAGCUCAAAAUUGUAAAAAUAGCAGGCAACUGCCUGCAGUAGGGUAAGCUGUUCUCUUCAGGUAAAAUCAAUAUGCAGAAUGUCUGUUGGUUACUUGUGGGAAUGAAUCUUCCUGGUAAGGAGAGAAAAAUGGUGACGCAGAGCUCAGUGUUUGAAGGAGGCCAGGAGCUGGCUCUGCAUGGUACAUUGGGUUUCAUUAGUUGCAUUGCUUUCUUUCUCUCUCUGUCACAUCCUGGUGUGUUUCUUUGGGGGUUACCAGAACAUCUGGACCUAUACCUGCUAAGAACUGCGUUGGCCUGAAGUAGCCCAAGCACUAAUUGCAGCCAUCGCUUACUACAUUUCCAUUCGGCGGAGGUUUUAUCUUAAUACUUUUGAGACCCCGAUUAAUCCUAUAUUGGAGGAUAAUCCAUUAUUAUCCAAUAGAUGUCAGUGGGUUUAUUGUUUCUUGUACGGUACCUAAAGCUAUUGUCCAACAGGCUACACCACGUAUGCUGUGCUCUACACAGAACUUCUUCAAAAAGAACAAAAGGAGUUGAGGAAUUAAAGAAAUGCUGCUGUGAUUAAUGCCUUUGUAAAAUAUACCAGCCUGGGACAAAACUGUAAGCUGAAAUGAAUAACUGGAAAGCAGAAAUGUCCUGGAGUUACAGAGAAGAUAUUAAUUUAACAUCUCUCUGAGUCUGCUGUAUGCACUGGGCACUUUCCAGGGUUGAUGUUCUGGGAACAGCAAAGACUACAGGGCAGGAAUUUGUCUCCUGGUCAGGUUCCUGCCAGGCUGCGUUGGCUUUGGCUGGGACACAGAAGUUCUCUGUGCUCUGUGGCUUCAUUGGCUGUAAAAGUCCUUUGAAAAGCCAAAGCCGUGCCCACCUGAGCAGCCUUCCUUCUUAUGUAUCUUUCCAUCAGAGCUGCAGACGAGCCAUAACAUCAGGGUACUCAGGACAGGACACUUGUAGUUCUGCCCAACUCUGCCCCAGUCUGUCCCAGUUUGAACCAGAAAAUGCCAGGUCUGCUGAUGGACUGAAGGCAGUGCUGUGUCUGGGUGAGCUAGAACUAAUGUGUGUGAUUCGGAUCAGUGUGCUCACGUGUGCUGUGGGUGAGUGUGUACAGGAACACAGGAGAGCACAGAUCUGCCUGGCAUUUGUCCUUGUUGGAAGGGACAAGUGCUCUCACCCAGCCCUUGUCCUGCAGGCAGUGAUGUUCCUGCUUCCACAGACAUGGGGAAGGAAAACUAGGCACAGAGCCAUGCAAGAUGACAGAAACAUGUACAAUUAUUAUUUCCUGUACUUUGAUCCUUUGGUUAGCUGAUUUUAGAGGCUUAUUUAGAGCACAAAGUCAUGCGUGGCUCAAAGCGAGUCUGGUUCAGACAAUUACAAAGUGCACAAAAUGGGAGUGGGAGAAGAGGAGAUGCUGAAAAGAGGCUCCUGGGGAUGUGUUGAUGCAGUUUGUAAAAGUGAAGAGGUUACACAUAAUUUUUAAGUCACUGGGUGCUUUCCAGGAGUCCCAACCCAUUGGUAGAUUCCCUAGGCUGGGCUGGGCUAUUGAAUUGAGAUGUCCAUGCCGUGCCAGCUGUGCUCUGUGCCCAUUUCUCUCUCCAGGCUUCGCCUGCACGAUGGGAAGCUCAUUAAGGACAGGCGUUACCACCUCCGAACUUAUCCCAACUGCUUUGUGGCGAAGGAGCUCACGGACUGGUUGAUUGACCACAAGGAAGCCCCAGAUCGAGAGACGGGCAUCCGCCUGAUGCAGAAGCUGAUGGACCACUACAUCAUCCACCAUGUUUGUGACGAGCACUCUGACUACAAGGACGCCAAGCUGCUGUACCGCUUCCGCAAGGACGACGGGACCUUCCCCCUCAGCAAGGAUGUGAAGGUGUUCAUGCGAGGACAGAGCCUUUACGAGAAGCUGGUGAGCGUGGAGGGCUCCAUCCUGAAGGUGAGGGAGGAGAACUCGGUGAAGUACCAGCGGGCGUUCCUGGGCUGCGAGAUGGUGGAGUGGCUGGUGCAGGAGGGAGAAGCAGAGAGCCGGAGGGAAGCGGUGGAGCUGGGCCAGGCGCUGCUGGAGCACGGGAUCAUUCAGCACGUCUCCAACAGGCACCACUUCCUGGACUCUGACAUUCUCUACCAGUUCUGGAUCAACUUCCGACGGCGGCGACGUCUCACCGAGCUGCUCAGUGAGAAUUCCUCCCGUGCUCUGUCUGAGAGCCCCGACAGCCCCUUCUGCCUCCGCAAGCUCAACCCAGAGCCAGGCAACACCAGCUUUCUCUCUGUCCAGCCCAACAAGGAGAUCAAAGUUGUCUCAGCAGUUCGGAGGAGCAGCAUCACUUCCCUCGCUGGAAACUCCAACCCCUACUUCAGCAUUACUCCUACUCUGGUUUUCCCUCCUGUGGCUGAGUGCAACCCCAAAUCAGUGCUAAAGAGACCCGUCACCAAUGAAGAGCUCCUGUCCCCUGGGGCCCCCUACGUCAAGAAGACACUAACUAUCGUGGGGGAUGCUGUGGGCUGGGGCUUUGUGGUCCGAGGAGGCAGACCGUGUCACAUCCAGGCUGUGGACCCAGGAGGACCCGCUGCUGCUGCGGGCAUGAAGGUAUGCCAGUUUGUUUUCUCAGUGAAUGGCAUGUAUGUUUUGCAUCUGGACUAUCAGACCAUCAGCAGCCUCAUCAUGACCGGACCACGGACUCUUGUCAUGGAAAUCAUGGAAGCCAUUGAAUAAAUGGAGGAACCUCAUCCUACCACCGUGUGGAGGAGCAGGGCUCUGCAAAGUAGGGAUGGACUGUGGGCAGGGACCAAGCUCAACCUUUCACUCUGAGAUGUUUAGUUAGGCAUUUUAACAUGUUUUCAAAUAAACACGUUCUAAUGGGUGAGUCUUGGAUUUUGAUGAUGUUGAAAUCUUCACCUCUAGCUGACCUUGAGCUCUCGCCACCCCUUUCUAAUGCUGGUGGGAGAGUUCAGUACUUGAUGAAACCAAGUCUUGGAGCAAGCCAGCCAUCCCACCAGGCUGCAGGACAGGUGGUGCAAGCUGCUGAGCAGCAAGAAGUUUGAUACCAAGAAAAUGAGCAUGUCAGAGCUCCCCUGAGCUGUCUGUGCAGUCUACCACGAGCUCAAUGAGCUUCCCAGAUGGCUUCAUAAGCUAUGCCAUCAGCUGUGAUGUAUAUGCUUCCUUGUAAAGAAAGCCAUAGGGCCCUGUUCCUCUUUGGGCUGGUUACUCUUCCCAACUUGAAAGUUGGGUUUCUUGAAAGGUAAGACUUCUACAGUAGCUCUUCUUAUGCCUCCAGUUUCAAAUAAUGCUUAAAUUAAUUAACCAGUGUAAUCUCUAAUGUUUUCAUAAAUAUCUUGGAUACAAGACUUGAAGGUAUACUAAAUAAGUUUGCAGGCAACAGGAAACUGGGAGGAGCUGUUGAUGCCCUUGAUUGCAGAAAAGCCUGCAGAGAGAUCUUGACAAAUUAGAGGGCUGGCAGCCACCUAAUUAACCACAUUAAGUUAAGCAAGAGCAAGUGAGGAUUCUGUUACCGGGAUGGGGUAACCAUGGUUCCAUGCAUAGACUAGGGCACGAGAGUCUGGAUAGCACUGGGACAGGCUCUGAAGGUCACAGUCACAGCCCUGGCUUCACUUGCAAGCAGUGUGGGACACUCCUAUGCAGCCUACUUUGAAUGUAAGCUUGAAUACAGGUAAUAACAAGAAUGCAGGGAGGUUUAUUGCUCUCCAGUUCACACAGCACUCUGCUCAUCACUUUGACCCUCCGGUCACUUUGAUUUGUCUUGAAAUGUGUGCUGACUUCCCUGGAAGAUGUGGUGCCAACCUGGUGUGAGGCAGUGCAGCUGGCUGCCUUAUUUCUUCAUGGUAUAGAGAGAGAUGUGCUUCUCUCACGCUGGUGCAGAGGGGUAGCACUACUGGAGCACAGACU